AUGUCAAAUUUGUUAAAACUUGAAUUUGUGGCACUUGACAUCUCUGGAAAGAACUAUUUGUCAUGGGUUCUCAAUGAUGAAAUUCACUUAGGUGCUAAAGGUCUUGGUGAUAUCAUUACUCAAGGUAAUGAGGCAUCAAGUCAGGACAAAGUGAAGGCUAUAAUUUUCCUUCGUCAUCAUCUGCAUGAAGGAUUGAAAGUUGAAUAUCUAAUAGUGAAAGAUCCACUUGAAUUGUGGACUGGUUUGAAGGAAAGGUAUGACCACCUUAAGGCGAUUGUAUUGCCAAAGGAUCGUUAUGAGUGGGUACACUUAUGGUUGAAAGAUUUUAAGACCGUAAGCAAGUAUAACUCUGUUGUAUUUAGAAUAACUUCCCAAUUAAAAUUAUGUGGAGAAGCUAUAAAUGAUGAGGACUUGUUGGAAAAGACUCUUACGACUUUUCAUGCCUCAAAUAUGGUAUUACAACAACAAUACUGUGAAAGGGGUUUCAGAAAAUAUUCUGAGUUGAUCUCAUGCCUUCUGGUGGCUGAGCAACAUAAUACCCUUUUGAUGAAUCAUGAUGCCCGACCCGCUGGAUCCGCUCUAUUUGCUGAAGCGAAUGUGCUAGCAACACGUGAUAAGUUUGAAAGAAAACAAAAUAAUUAUCAGGGCCAUAUGAAUGUACGUGGUGUGGCAAGGGACGAUAUAAUAAUCGUCAUCGUGGUGGUCAUUAUAAACGGGAGAAUAAUAUGGAUUCUCAAAACAAUCCUUCAAGAGGCAAAGGCAAUAACUGUCAUAGAUAUGGUAUGA